AGGAAUGAGAUGGCGGAGACGCACGGCGGCGGGGCGCGGCGGAGGUGGCUCGUCGACAUAGCCCGCUGGUGCCCCUCCCCCGCGCAGUUCCAAGCCGCCGCCGCCCUCCUGCCGCCGCACCACCACCCCGCCAUCGCCAGGUUUGUCAGGGAGGAAGACAGGAAACGAGCGCUCCUCAGCCGGCUGCUCCAGUACUCCCUUGUGCACCAUGUUCUUGGCAUUCCGUUCCACCAAAUAGACAUACGACGCACGGUCGAGGGGAAGCCGUAUCUGGAGAACGGAACUGCGGCCUUCAGAAACUUCAAUUUCAACACGUCGCAUCAGGGUGACUACGUCGGCAUAGCAUCUGAGCUCCUCUGCCUCGUUGGCCUUGACAUUGUGUGCAUCUCUAAGCCCCAGGGAGAAACCACUGUGGAAUUCCUUAAGAACUUCUCGUCGUACCUUACAGACCAUGAGUGGAACUGCAUCGAUCGUGCUGCUGGUUCUGUUGAGAUGUUAACGGAGUUCUACAGGUACUGGUGUCUUAAAGAAGCAUUUGUUAAAGCUAUAGGUGCUGGGGUUGGGUUUGGUCUGAAUCGCUUGGAAUUCCACCAUGUUCAAUGGAGUAACAUAUCUGUGUACAUUGAUGGGAUAGAGUCUAGGAACUGGAGAUUCUGCCUUUUCAACCUUGAUGAAAUGCAUUUGGCAUCCAUAGCAAAAGGGCAUCCGGAAGAUGCUGUAAGCAGCUUCAAGAGAACAUUGUCUAAUCUGGUUUUCGAGGAAGAAGAAUUUUAUGCUGCACUAGAGAUACCUGAAGAAGUUUUCACUCUGCAGACAGUGGAACAACUUACACAAUUAUAAGAUUAGCUAGCUAUGCUUCUUAAACUGUGCAGUAGCAUACUAGUGCAUGAUUAUAUCAAGAGGUGAAGCUCAUCAGGUUUAUUAA